CGGGGGAGCGGAUCGGGAGAUGCGGGGAAGAGAGAGUAACAGAAUUAUAGGGAAUCUGUAUGUUCCCUGCUACUAUAAGAGCCCCGCGAUCGUCCUUCAGUUUCGAUCCACGAUGCGUCUGGGACUGCGAGGGAACAGGAGUUUAUUACUUUUGCUCUCGCUAGCUGGCACUCCCUCCUUUGUAGCCCGUCCCUUUGGUGCGACUGUCGCUGUUAACAGCCCACGGUUACCCUUUGCGACCUGCCGUCGAUAUAUAACGUGGAAAUUGCUCCACAGGAUUCCGCGUUUUCCACGCUACUAGGUCACCUGGUCAUCUGAGUUUCACCUCACUGCCUGGCUCGGUGUCCUGACGGCUUCUCGGAUACACCGAAUAAUCCACUCAGCGAAAACCCAGGCGCUCGCUCCCUCUCAGCCCGGACGGCGACAAUCUCAUUCGGCACGCUCGGGCCGAAAAUUCGCGCGAUCUCAGCCGUCGAUAUGAGGAUCUGCGUGCUCCACCCGUCGUACGAUGGGUCGCUCUCGCCCUGCAACGGGCUCGACCCGGACGCCGUUCCGCAGCUCUGGCUGGACUCCCCGGAGCACCACGUGACCUCCGUGCACCUUCACAAGGCCACGGCUGUCAAGCACCUCAUCGCACUCACUCGUCGCCAGCCGUCAGGUGGACGCCAGCUCUCAGGUCCACGGCCCCCGGGUCCACUGGCCUCAGGUCAACUGAGUUUCUCAGAGGCAGAGGGCCUGCAGAAAGGAGAACAGCCGUUGCUGGUGGCGCCGCCGGCUCUGGCGCAGCUGGUCCUACAGGACGAGGACCGUGAUACCACGAGUACGAGUAGUACCAGUUCUGCUAGUAGCGCCGCCCGCGCGUCGAAUCCUGCUAGCCGCACCGCGAGUGCCUCCAGUGCGUCCAGCAGCAGUACUAGCAGCAGCAGCAGUACCGCUGGUGAGGAUAGUACUACUACUCGCAGUGAUCCAGCUGCGCCGUUCGAUGUCUUUCUGAAUCUCUGUGACGGCGCGUGGGACGAGGACCGGCCGGGGAUCGAGGUCGUGCAGGCCCUAGAGCGCCUCAACGUGCCCUUCACAGGGGCGGACUCGCGCUGCUACGAGCCCAGUAAGGAGCAGAUGAAAGUCGUGGCUGUGUAUCACGGGGUGCGAACCCCCCCCUGGCGCGUGUGUUAUGAUUGCCGGGAUGUGGAGGAAGCUGCCCGGGUGCUUCGCAUGCCUGUGAUUGUGAAACACGCGAGCGGGUAUAAUAGUGUGGGGAUGACGCGCGAUUCCAAGUGUGGGAGUGUAGAGGAGCUGAAGACGCAAGCAAGUCUGAUGAUAACGAGUUUUGGAUCCGUUAUGGUGGAGGAAUUCGUGGAGGGACGCGAGUUCACUGUGCUCGUAUCGGAGGACCCUUUAGCGGAGGCAGCAGCAGCAGCAGCAGCAGCAGCAGCAGCAGAGCAGAAAUCGGACUCAGACUUCAACUCAAAAUGCCGUUCCAAAUCAGAUCGGUCAGGGGGGGUGUUUGUGUACGCGCCUGUGGAGUGUGGCUUUCCCUCGGGCGAGGACUUCAAGCACUUUGACUUGAAGUGGGUGGAGCAUGAAGGGCUGCAGUGGCGCCGUGUGGAGGACGAGGGUAUGGAUGCGAAGUUAAGGGGCAUGGCUGCUACCAUGUUCACUGCUCUCGGGGGCGUUGGGUAUGGCAGACUUGACAUCCGAGCAGACGUGGAGGGAAACAUCUACUUCCUCGAGAUGAACCCCAACUGCGGCAUCUUCUACCCUCCGGAUCAGCAGGGGAGUGCGGAUUUUAUCCUCUCCCUGGACCCCUCCAACGACCACCGCUCCUUCCUGCGCCGCAUCCUGCUCGCUGCUGUUCACCGCUGGGAGCGCAGACAGCCCCCUGUCCUCGUUAAGCAGUGCUCCAGUACAUCGGCUACUCCUCAAGACAUCACUCCUUCCUCUGCUGCUGUGUCUGCUGCAUCUACUGCACCUACUACACCCGCCGUGCCACCCAAGUCCUCCCACCCCUACUCCCCCCCCAGCUUCGGGCUCUUCGCCGCCCGUGACUUUACCCAGGGUGACACAAUCGAGCUCCUGGAGGAGGGUCCAGUGCACCUGGUAACCCAGCAGCACGUGGAGAAGCACUGGUCGCCCCAGCAGCAGCUGUGGUUCCGGCAGUACGCGUGGCCGGUGGGGCCGGGGGUGUGGGCCAUGUGGAGCCCCAGGGCGGAGGACUGGAAGCCUCUGAACCAUUCCUGUGACCCCAAUGCGUGGCUGGAGGGGCUGAAUGUGGUGGCGCGGAGGGCGAUUGGCAAGGGCGAGCAGGUCACGAUCGACUAUGCCACCUUCUGUGUGGAUAGCGAGCCCUUUCCCUGCUCCUGCAGCAGCAGCAGAUGCCGCGGCAAGGUCACAGGGAACGACUACCUGGCCCCCUGGCUGGCGGAAGAGUACGUGGAGCACAUGUCAGCACAAGUGCUGUACCUUAGGAGCCAGGCUCAAAUCGCAGUGCGAGGCACUUAGAGGAAAUGAUAGCUGUUUGGGCCUGCAAAUUCCUGAGCUUACAAAACGGAACAUUGAAAAGGCUUGCUUUCGUUGUAACAAUGGCAACGUGCUUCAUUUCAAAUGGGCAAUUACACCAUUCUAGUCCAACAAAUACAAACAAGAAUAUUUU